AUGGUUUGUUUACUGUUGUUNACAACCGACGAACUCAAAGAAAUGGUUUUUCCUAAUAUUCAUGAAAAUUACUGCAACCCUCAAUGGCUAUGUGAAAGAGCUAUCCUUUCUCCAACAAAUGAUAUUGUUAACGUGAUAAAUAACAAACUUUUAAAAAAAUUACCUGGUGCUCUGGAAAUUUACAAGUCGAUGGACGCUGUCAUGGAAAUAGAUCAAGUUGUCAACUAUCCGACAGAAUUUUUGAACUCAUUGGAACCACCUGGAGUGCCUGCACAUAAAUUAGAAUUGAAAAUUGGAGCACCAAUUAAGCUUUUAAGAAAUUUGGAUCCACCUGCAUUGUGUAAUGGACCAAGAUUGAUUGUGAAAAAAUUGAUGCCUAAUGUUAUUGAAGCUAUGAUUAUAACAGGACAUUCAACGGGAAAUAGUGUGCUUAUUCCUCGCAUCCCCAUCAUAUCUUCAGACAAUCCGUUUCAGUUUAAACGACUUCAGUUUCCUGUUCGACUUAGUUUUGCGAUGAGUACAAAUAAAUCUCAGGGACAAUCUUUAAAAGUCGUUGAUCUUGACAUGCAGAAGCCUUGCUUUUCACAUGGACAGCUUUAUGUUGGCUGCUCAAGAGUUGGUGAUGAAAAGAACUUAUAUUUAUUGGCACCAAAUGGAAAAACUAAAAAUAUUGUUUAUAAAGAAGUUUUACAAGAAUAGGAAAAAUUAUAUACUAUCUGUAUGCUGACUGACACAAGUUUUAUUUUAUUGCUGUUUCUUAAAUAUGUUAUUAACUGCGUUUUAAUAUUCAGCUAUUGGCGAAUGAUGAUUUCGAAAGCAACUUUUGUAUGCUUUUACAAUUUCUGAGGCCUUUUUUUAAAAAAAAAAAAAAAAAAAACAAGUCUCCACCUGAUAGUUAUAUUAUAGGUUAGGUUACCAUAGGCCUUAGGUUACCAUAGCAAAGUUACAUCUUCAAACAUCCUCAAGAGCUAUAACACAUCUGCAGCAGAACUGGAUAUAAAGACAAAAUUGCAGGAGAGGAACACUUUAAUUGUCCACUAAUCUUCAGAUUUCCUGCUAUGUUUUAAAAAACUUUAUUUGUGAAAACCUUUAGCGUGGUGGACAGCUGGCUGCCUUAGACGGCUAGUAUUCAAAUAAUUUUUUUCCCAUCAUUGUUAAAAAAAGUUAUGUUCAUAUUUUUUGCAUAGAACUUUUCAAAUAUAAUUAAAGUUUGAAAGUUCCUUUUAAAAUAUAUUUUAGAAGCUAUUCUAAAUGAUAUUGAUUUUAUAGAUGUGAUGUUGAUUUUACAUGUCGUCGCUUUGAAACUAAACCGUGGUAACUCAAAAAAGCAAGUUUUUCAGGAGAGCGAUUUCAAACUUUCCGCGCUAAUGCUAAUCGCGGCAAUGCAAUGACGAUUUAUCUGCUCUCUAAAUUAACUUUAUGGAACUAUAAAGAUAACAGGCUGUUUUUCUAAAAGGGUGACUUUUUUUUUACACAAAAUGACCCAAAAAUCUCAUUUUUCGACUUUUUUUAGUUACAACGGUUUAGUUUCAAAGCGACGAUGCGUGCUCAUUUUUAUAAUUUGUUUUAGAUCUUUUGUGCUUUAAGAUUUUAUGCGACUGGAUGUUACCAGAAAAACAUUACCACUGAUACUUGUGGAAGCAUGACUCAAGCAAGUGUGAGCAAUUCAAUAAGAAGUGUCACCAUUGCUAUUAAUGAAUUGAUGUUUAAAGAGUAUAUAAAAUUUCCUGCCCUUGAAAGUGAAAGAGAAAUGUUGAAGAGAGAAUUCUUCGAUUACUCAGGUUUCCCGGGUGUGAUAGAUGCUUUCGAUUGCACGCAUGUGGCCAUAGUAGCUCCGCAGAAUGAUGGCAAGCAUCUAGAAAAAAACUAUGUAAAUCGAAAGAAUUUUCAUUCUCGGAAUGUUCAACUGGUAAGAUGUUUCAUUUUUGAAUUAAUAAUAUAAAUACGAUACAUUAAUUUAGUCAAUGAGUUAACAUUUUAUGCAAAACGUAAAACAGAGUUUCCACUCAACAAAUUCGUUAAAAUAAUUGACAUAUAGGGGAGUGUCGGGUACCCCCGCCCACUGUCAAUUUCAUAUGUAUAGAAUAUUUUUUCAAGUCAAUGG